CACACUUGUUCUCCGGGCAGCAUCAAGUGCCACGAAAUUUCUCACUUUUCUCUUGCUCCGGACGCUGCCCGACCUGCCCGUUACCCUCUGGAAAAAUCACGGGCAAGUCUCACAGUAUCACCAAACAAUGACACGCUCUCUCGCGAGCUCCACUCUCUCUUUCUCUUUCUCUCUCUGAUUAUAUUUAUCACUCUCUGUCUCAGUUGAGUCUCUACGAUCACGAUCGGACGGUCCACAUUGCACGUUGCCUCUGAUCUCUGUUUUCUACUGUUUUAGUCCCUGAAACCCUUGGAUCUGCUUCUGACGCCCUCGGAUCUCGGUCUCUGGUAGUCGUGCCCCGUACAAAUGGAGACUAACUGUGGUUCAGUUAGUGUCGCUACACUUAACCAGAGUGUUCUAACGUGCGCCGCUGAAGCUUUGGCCGCUCUGUUAUUGACUGCUCUGGUCAAAACUCAGGAUUCUUUUGCAUUACCUGCCAACAAACCUAGAAUUGAAGGAGACGAUUCCACCCAAUGCCACUCUGAGCCAUUAGAUGCACAGGGAAAUGGCCACAAUGAAGAUGACGGUGGUGAGGAUGACGAUGAUGGGGAUGGUGGGGAUGAAGAAGGUGAGGAGGACUUGUCAUCAGAAGAUGGAGGGGAUAAUGGAAACAACCCCAACGAGAAGAAGAGCAACCCAAAGAAGGAGGCUCCAGAAGGAGGGGCAGGCAGGGCAGAAGAAAACGGUGAAGACGAUGACGAAGACGACGACGACGACGACGACGGAGAUGACCAAGACGAUGACGAAGACGACGACGAUGAUGAAGAUGAUGGCGGGGAAGAGGACGAGGAAGAAGUUGUGGAGGAAGAGGAAGAGGAGGAAGAGGAGGAUGAGGAAGAAGCACUCCAACCCCCAAAGAAGAGGAAGAAGUAGGGGAGGAGAAUGGUGAAAUCUCCUCCAAAUGCUCUGUUCCUAACAUGAAGUUCUUCUUACUUAGCUGAUGAGGAUACUUAUUUAGGAUUAAAUGCUUUUAAGUAAUCGUCAUAUUUGCUUUGCAUAAUUGUAGUACUUGAAAACUCUGAGCCGCUGAGAUGUUAAAAUUCAGCCUAUAAACAUGCUUUUAUUUUUCUUCUC